AUGGCGGAGAAGAAAAUGGAAGUUGAUGAAAAUAAUCAUCAAGGUAUCAAACAGUACUAUAUCAGCAAAAUUGAAGAGCUCCAGCUUGUGGUUACUGAAAGAACCCAGAAUUUGAGACGACUUGAAGCCCAAAGAAAUGAGCUCAACGCUAAAGUUCGAAUGCUGCGUGAGGAACUUCAACUUCUUCAGGAGCAAGGCUCAUAUGUCGGAGAGGUAGUGAAACCCAUGGACAAGAAAAAGGUGCUUGUAAAGGUGCAUCCAGAAGGAAAAUUUGUGGUAGACAUAGAUAAAAAUAUUGACAUGAACAGCGUCACUCCCAAUUGCAGAGUCGCCCUGAGAAAUGACAGUUAUGUCCUGCAUAAAAUUCUCCCAAAUAAGGUCGACCCUCUUGUGAGCCUCAUGAUGGUUGAGAAGGUUCCAGAUUCAACUUAUGAAAUGGUUGGUGGUCUAGACAAACAGAUCAAGGAGAUCAAAGAAGUGAUUGAGUUGCCUGUAAAGCACCCAGAGCUGUUUGAAGCACUGGGAAUUGCUCAGCCUAAGGGAGUGCUGCUUUAUGGACCUCCAGGCACAGGAAAGACUCUGUUAGCUCGUGCUGUGGCCCAUCACACAGAGUGUACCUUCAUUCGUGUCUCUGGCUCGGAGCUGGUGCAGAAGUUCAUUGGUGAAGGUUCCAGGAUGGUUCGAGAGCUGUUUGUUAUGGCCAGAGAGCAUGCACCAUCUAUCAUCUUUAUGGAUGAGAUUGACUCCAUAGGCUCUUCACGUUUAGAAAGUGGAUCUGGUGGUGACAGCGAGGUUCAGAGAACAAUGUUGGAACUCUUAAACCAGCUGGAUGGAUUUGAACCAAAGCAGAAUAUUAAAGUGAUCAUGGCCACCAACAGAAUUGAUAUUUUGGAUUCUGCUCUUCUGCGCCCUGGAAGAAUUGACAGAAAGAUUGAAUUUCCUCCACCAAAUGAAGAGGCUCGUCUUGAUAUUUUGAAAAUCCAUUCACGCAAAAUGAAUCUCACCCGAGGGAUUAACCUGCGCAAAAUUGCUGAGAUGAUGCCUGGAGCUUCAGGUGCUGAAGUCAAGGGUGUUUGUACUGAAGCAGGCAUGUAUGCUCUCAGAGAGCGCAGGGUUCAUGUCACCCAGGAGGACUUUGAACUGGCAGUAGCAAAGAUCAUGUUGAAAGACUCUGAAAAGAACAUCUCCAUCAAGAAACAAUGGAAGUAG